UACAAACCAUCUUGCCUUCUGGCCGGAGAUGGAUUCACUGCCGUCCCUGCAGAUACGCAGGCACACACACAGAUCACUGGGAAGUACACAUUUACUGUACUGCGUGCCGACUGCCUUGAAGAAACUGUAGCUAACCACCUUAUUAGUAUUCUUGCCUCCACCGUGUCUCACUUGCAGCAUCAGAGGGCUGAGCAAAAUGCAGUAGAGCAGGGACAGACACGGCUCUGGCAAUCAUCUAAAUGCAGGCUGCCGAGGGUUGGGGGUGGGGGAUGGAGCACAUCAAAAUGAAUAACCUUGCCGUAAUCCGGGGGCACCCUGCAAGCAGACACCUCUGCUGACUGACCCGCUCCCGGCUUGAUGAAUCUGCCUGGGGGAGAGGGAUCCGGAAUGUACCUGGUCCUGGGGGCCCCUGUGAUUUUUGGAUGUUCUUUUGAUCCUACACCAAUCUGGGAAGGUAACAGUGAGCGGUACCAUCUGCAGCACACAGCGGCUAUUGGAGGUUCCUACUGACAGUUUCAUCACACGGGUUUGUGUGAGUGUGUGCGUGUGCGUGUCUGUGAGUGUGGGUGCCUGCUUUUGCGUGAAAGAACGUGUGAGGGUCCGAGAGGAUAUGUGUGUUUGUGUGAUAACCUAAGCAGGUAUAUUGUAGUAUAGAUUCCAACAGCCUGAAAAUAUUCUCCCGCUACUUGGGCUCCGAAGCCCCCCAGCUUUCACCGCCCCCUUCCCUCCCCAUUCCCCCUUGUUCUUCUUUUUGCCUUUGAUGAGUUUUUGGCUUACUUUUUGGCUGAGUCUCUUGGACACGUUUUUUUGCUGGUGCUAGAAGAUCAGAUCAAUGGAACCUUUGAAAACUGAUUAUGUUUCUCCUGUGUGACUUAAAAGAAGAAAAUAGAGUAGUCCAAGAUAAACUAGAGGAUUUUAAAUUUUCGUGGUGAACUUUGAGGAUCCAUAAAGAAGGUAAGUCACAGGACUACUUAGAUCCUGGUCCUUGCUUUCCUGCAAUGUUUGUGUUUUCCUGUUUGUUUUCGGAAAUCCAUAGGCAGUUUAGAAGCGCAUUUUUAGAGACUGUAAUGUUCAGAAGAACUCUGUGUGUGGCAUUUAGGGGCUAUUUUCAUGCCAAGGAGAUUAUUUCCAUUUGUAUAAUCAUCCCCCCAUCCUUCCUCCCAUUUUUAUACCUUUUAUUUAUCUAAUCUUUUCACUGUGGAUUCUGCAUUUAUGAAAUCUGCAAAAAUUGAUUUUAGGCUUCUCCUUCCUUGAAAUACUCUUUAAAUUUGAGGGAAAAAAUCGGUAAAGCUACUGGCAGAGGCUCUGAGUUACAGGCAAAAGCAUAUCUGCUGAGAGACGGAGGGUAGGGCUUGGGGGUGCAAUCCUGACUUUUAUGAUAACUUAAUAGUAGACUUCCCCCCCCCACCAUAGCACUUAUUAUUUUUUGAAUAGUUAAAUUGGCUCUGGAGAGUAGCGAAUGUGUGGAAUACAGAAAAGCUGUUUCAAGAGCUCUUAAUUGGAGCAGAUGAAAACAAAGUGGAAAUUGUUUAGUAUUUUGAAUGUUUCUUUUUUGCACUGAUUCUGUUGCUCUUGCAUCUCAUUAACCUUUCUGGGUGCAGUGUCCCCUGAUUAAGGCCAGUGUCUCUCAUUUUGGAAUACAUACCCCCUUUACCCUGCACGGUCUCUAGAGAAGGGAAUGUGGCUGCAAAUUGCCCUUAAUUGUCGACUCUUGGCUGUGAAAGCAAGCAGACAGGCAUCAGGAAUUCAGAAACCAAAUGAAGUGUUUACUGUCAUUAUCCCUAUUUGAUGAAGAGGAUACUGAGGCUCCCAGAGAAUUAAUAACUUGUCCAAAAUCGUCUAAUCUUGAGUAAUCAAGAGUGCAUGACCUGAAAGCACACACAGCAGCCGGGACCAGCCUUCGAUUGAGGGGAAAACUUACAGAGGCAGAGCAGUAGCAGAAAUGGUUCUCUGUGUUGUGAGGCUGCAAGAUCACCCAGGGAGAGUGGGAUCAAAUAGUCCAGAACAUCUGACACACUGAAUGAGUUCCUGGAAGAGCAGAGAUAACCUAUGCAGAUUAACAAUAUGGAAACAUCCUGAAACCACUUUGGAGUCUCAAUAGAUAGACUGGAUUUGAGUUUCACAAACAGGAAAGCUGGUCCAUGGACAAUUUGCUACAGCUGGAGAACACAGUGCUGUUUGUCAACCACCAAUGUUUCCUGGGAGCAUAGUUUCUGAAUCACGACAUCAAAGGGAGAACGGAAAGGGUAUAAAAGAAACGUUAUCUGCAGUAAACCAGAACCCUUCUUCAAUCUCUUUGGAUUUUCUCGGGAAGAUCAGGACCUGUUCAGAAAUUUCAAUAAGGAUGCGGGACGCAGCUCUCUCUUGGAACCGAACGCAGUGGAUAAACUGAUUGUGCAAGAGAGAAGGAAGAAGGAAGCUUUUUCUUGUGAGACCUGGAUCUUAACACAAAGGUGUAUAUGUGCACACAGGGAGCCUUGAAAAAUGAAAUAAAGCAGUGUCAGACCCACGGGAGUUGAUGUGUUCGGACAUAAAUAAAUAAUAAUAAAACAGCUUGCCCCCCCCCAAAGGAUGAUUGGAAAUGGAGAACGGAGAAGCCACAAAGGAAAAGUAUGUUCAUUUUUUUCUAUAAAGGAGGAAGUAAGCCAAGGAGAUAUUUUUGGAAUGAAAAGUUUGGGGCUUUUUUUAGGAAAGUAAAGACUUGACAUGGUGGUGGUGUUUUCUUUUUCUUUUUGAAUUUCCCACAAGAGGAGAGGGAAUUAAUAAUACAUCUGCAAAGAAAUUUCAGAGAAGAAAAGUUGACCGUGGCAGAAUGAGGCAUUGAUUGGGGGAGAGAAACCAGCAGAGUACCGUUGGAUUUGUGCCUGUGUUGACUAAAAUUGACGGAUAAUUGCAGUUGGAUUUUCUUCAGCAACCUCCUUCCCCCACCCCCCUCUUUUUUUUUUUUUUUUUUUCUUUUUUCCUUUUUGGUGUCAAGAUCAUGCGUUUUCGCUUGCUCUUAACCACCUGGAUUUCCAUCUGGAUGUUGCUGUGAUCAGUCUGAAAUACAAUUGGCAAACGCGUUGCCUGUUUACAGCAUAGAGACCACAAUGGAGAGCUAGAUUAUUUGAACUCCAGAAGGACCAACACCAGAUAAAUUAUGAAUGUUGAACAAGAUGACCUUACAUCCACAGCAGAUAAUGAUAGGUCCUAGGUUUAACAGGGCCUUAUUUGACCCCCUGCUUGUGGUGCUGCUGGCUCUUCAACUUCUUGUGGUGGCUGGUCUGGUGCGGGCUCAAACCUGCCCUUCCGUCUGUUCCUGCAGCAACCAGUUCAGUAAGGUGAUUUGUGUUCGGAAAAACCUACGGGAGGUUCCAGACGGCAUCUCCACCAACACUCGGCUGCUGAACCUCCAUGAGAACCAAAUCCAGAUCAUCAAAGUGAACAGCUUCAAACACUUGAGGCACCUGGAAAUCCUACAGUUGAGUAGGAAUCACAUCAGAACAAUUGAAAUUGGGGCCUUCAAUGGUCUGGCAAACCUCAACACCCUGGAACUCUUUGACAAUCGUCUUACUACUAUCCCCAAUGGAGCUUUUGUAUAUUUGUCUAAACUGAAGGAGCUCUGGUUGCGAAACAACCCCAUUGAAAGCAUCCCUUCUUAUGCUUUUAACAGAAUCCCUUCUCUGCGCCGGCUAGACUUAGGGGAGUUGAAAAGGCUUUCAUACAUCUCAGAAGGUGCCUUUGAAGGUCUGUCCAACUUGAGGUAUUUGAACCUUGCCAUGUGCAACCUCCGAGAAAUCCCUAACCUCACGCCGCUCGUAAAGCUGGAUGAACUGGAUCUUUCUGGGAAUCAUCUGAGUGCUAUCAGGCCUGGCUCUUUCCAGGGGCUGAUGCACCUUCAAAAACUGUGGAUGAUCCAGUCCCAGAUUCAAGUGAUUGAACGGAAUGCCUUUGAUAACCUUCAGUCACUGGUGGAGAUCAACCUGGCACACAACAAUCUAACGUUACUGCCUCAUGACCUCUUCACACCCUUGCAUCAUCUAGAGCGGAUACACUUACAUCACAACCCCUGGAACUGUAACUGUGACAUACUGUGGCUCAGCUGGUGGAUAAAAGACAUGGCCCCCUCCAACACAGCUUGCUGUGCCCGGUGUAACACUCCUCCCAAUUUGAAAGGGAGGUACAUUGGGGAGCUUGACCAGAAUUACUUCACCUGCUAUGCUCCUGUGAUUGUGGAGCCCCCAGCAGACCUCAAUGUCACUGAAGGCAUGGCAGCUGAGCUGAAAUGUCGCGCCUCCACGUCCCUGACCUCUGUAUCUUGGAUCACUCCAAAUGGAACGGUCAUGACCCAUGGGGCGUACAAAGUGCGGAUAGCUGUGCUCAGCGAUGGUACGUUAAACUUCACGAAUGUAACCGUGCAAGAUACAGGCAUGUACACAUGUAUGGUGAGUAAUUCUGUUGGAAAUACCACCGCUUCAGCCACUCUGAAUGUUACUGCAGCAACCACUACUCCCUUCUCUUACUUUUCAACCGUCACAGUAGAGACUAUGGAACCUUCUCAGGAUGAGGCUCGGACCACGGAUAACAAUGUGGGUCCCACUCCAGUAAUUGACUGGGAGACCACCAACGUGACCACCUCUCUCACGCCACAGAGCACAAGGUCAACAGAAAAAACAUUCACCAUCCCUGUGACUGACAUAAACAGUGGCAUCCCAGGAAUUGAUGAGGUCAUGAAGACUACCAAAAUCAUCAUUGGCUGUUUUGUGGCCAUCACACUCAUGGCCGCAGUGAUGCUCGUCAUUUUCUACAAGAUGAGAAAGCAGCACCAUCGGCAAAACCAUCACGCCCCGACAAGGACUGUUGAAAUCAUUAAUGUGGAUGAUGAGAUUACAGGAGACACACCCAUGGAAAGCCACCUGCCCAUGCCUGCUAUCGAGCAUGAGCACCUAAAUCACUAUAACUCUUACAAAUCUCCCUUCAACCACACAACGACAGUUAAUACAAUAAAUUCAAUACACAGUUCAGUGCAUGAACCGUUAUUGAUCCGAAUGAACUCGAAAGACAAUGUACAAGAGACUCAAAUCUAAAACAUUUACAGUUACGAAAAACACUCAAAAAAAAAAAAAAAGGACAGUUUAUUAAAAAUGACACAAAUGACUGGGCUAAAUCUACUGUUUCAAAAAAGUGUCUUUACAAAAAAAAAAACAAAAAGAAAUUUAUUUAUUAAAAAUUCUAUUGUGAUCUAAAGCAGACAAAAUUAUGUGUAUUCCUCAGAACCUGUUUUUGCUGCACUUAUUUACUAUUUUCCCACAUCUCGUCCCUUCCCUGAUUGCCAUAUUUUUCAUAGGAGAUCUCAAUUCCCUAAAGAACUGGUCUAGGAAAUUUUGUAAGAAUUCUGUUACACUUUGAAAUUUUUAUGGUGAAUUCUAGUGGUGAGAUCCAGUCUAUUUUGUCUCCCCCCCCGCAACCUCUUUUCUUUCUCCCCCUCAUGCCCUUAUGACAUAGUCCAAUGGGGAAUGCAAUACUACAAAUAGAUUUUUAAGAGAGAACAAGGAAAAAAAAAUGCAAGAUCUUAUAUUUUUCAUGUAAUGACCUGUUCUGUAUUUAUGAGGAGGACCAUUCAAUGGAAAAGAAAAAAAAAAAAAAAAAGUAAGCAAACAACAGAUUAAUUUCCAUAUGAGCAUCUAUAAAACCCAUGAUCUUUUAAACAAAUCUAGAACCAGAAUUUGUAGUUCAAAAGCUAAAAAUAAGAUUAUAAAUAAAAUAUUGUUGGUUUUUCUGUA